GAUCUCCUCUAGAGCAGUGAUGUUUUGGGGCUAAUACUUAUUUUCCACCAUAAUUUAUAAAUAAAUUCCUUAAAAAUGUGAUUUUCUUGAUUUUUUUUCUCUUUUUGUUUGUUAUAGUUGAGGUAUAAUGAAAAUUAUAUCUUUUUAAAUGGGAGAACUUGUAUAAUGGGUGGCUGAAUACAUACUUUUUCCCUUCUGUAUUCCUCCUUCAAAGGUUAGUUGGUGAACAUGUAGCCACAAACAAACCAAACAAAUGCAGGUUCUUUUUUGGUUUUAUAGAAAUUCUUUUCCUGCAGGUUCUUGCAGACUUUCUGACAGAAACCCCUGAUGGAUUCUGUUUGUCUCGAUUCAUUUAGAAACAAGCAGGUCUGUAAAGAAAGUGCUCCUUUUUCAUCGAUCAGUCAAGCUAAAGUUGAAGACUGUUUCAGCCUAUUUAUAAAGUGAUCAACAGUAAAGGGAGUCUCCUCUCCUCGUGGUGCUCCUCGCUCCGCCGCCGCCGCCGCGCUCUUUGUUCCUCCUCCGUUGGGUGUGUGCCUGAGCGUGGAUGCAAAUGCUCUCCAAGAGAGGAUUUCCAGGAUGGGUUCAGUCUCUCCCCCACCUUCCCUCUGCGACGCGCCUGUCAUCGGCGGCGUUUGAUGCUGCUGAGCUGCAGCCUGCAUAUGUUUCUGUAUGUUCUGCGUGUGCGUGGGGGGGGUGCAGGACGACUCUAAAUGUGUGUAAAGGCAGAUCAAGCGCACAGAGGACCAGUUUGUAUGUUGCAUGCCUCUGUAGGUGAGCAGACCCCCCUCUUCUCCUCCUCAACUCCAGGGACUGGCAUGUUCAUUAUUCUUUCUAAAAGAACCAUUAAAAUUUCAUCAGUGCAAUGCAAUCUGUAGCAGGGCGGGGGGUGCGCAUCACCAGUGUGUGGGAGGGAGGGAGGGAGCGCCGGCGUGAAGGGGAGGGUGCGAGCAUCCUCCCCUCAUUCACCGCUGCCUGCCUUCGCGCCUCUCUCCCGCUCCUCCGCCUUUUCCUCCUUUGGCAGCCCUCUCCUCCGGUGGCUCGAUCCCGUCUGAGCGCGCUCACAGAUUACCGCUCGUCUCAUGAUGUGAAGCGCUAGCAUCCUCACCCUCACACCCCACCCACCCCCACUUCCUCCUACAGCCGAGGAGUUUGCAUCCGAGGUGGAUUAAUCUUUAAGUUCCGUUCGGGAGGAGGUUUUUUCUGGAAUAUUGUUUUCACUUUCCUCCAAGGAGUGGAAGUUUAAGAUGUGAAGGGGAGUGCUGGUCCCAGACUGCUGAAACCAUGCUUUCUCGGUAGCCUUUGGAGGUCGGCUUUGCCCCCGCUCUCAUAAAAAUCAAACACAGUUGACUUCAAACCCCCAAUCGCGAUGGAUUACCUGUGUCCUGGUGGAGGCAUGUGCUGGACGCGGGCCCUCGUCGGCAAACUCUAGCCGCCUGUAUUCUUCUGGACGCAAAUUCCCUGCUUUCAUUUUGGAGUUAUCCUUUUGGAGUUAUCGGUUGUUUGGACCAGGGAUGGAUGGACCCGAAGCAAGCAAGCAUGGCAAGAAGUCAACAAGUCAGAAGCUUGAGGACCAGAAAAAGAUAUACACAGACUGGGCCAACCACUACCUGGCCAAGUCUGGCUGCCCGCGUCUCAUCAAGGACCUGAGCCAGGACGUGACUGAUGGAGUCCUGCUGGCACAGAUCAUCCAGAUCAUAGCCAACGAGAAGGUGGAGGAUAUCAAUGGCAGCCCCAGGAGCCAGACGCAAAUGAUCGAGAAUGUGGACGCUUGCCUCAGUUUCCUGGACGCCAGAGGAGUGAAUGUACAAGGGCUCUCAGCAGAAGAGAUCAGAAAUGGCAACCUGAAGAGCAUCCUGGGCCUCUUCUUCAUUCUAUCACGCUACAAGCAGCAGCAGCAGCAACAGCAGCAGUACUACCAGUCUCUGGUGGAGCUCAGCCAGCAGACCAGCAGCGGACCGUCCACCAGCAGCCUCAAAACACACGACAUGCAGUCCAGUCUCACAGCACGAUAUGCAAGUCCUCCGGGCCAUGGUGGGAUAGGAUCACCACAGAAGAAGAACACCAGGUUGCCAGGACCCUCCAGAGUCCCUGCUGCAGGCAGCGGGGCCUCCAGGAGCCCGGGCUCCUCCAACCUGAACCGGCGGAGCCAGAGCUUCAACAGCAUUGACAAGAGCAAGCCCCUGCAGUAUGCCAGCGGAAACGACAGGGAGGCAGUGAGGGCCAUUCCGGUUCCCAGUGGGAUGAAUGGGAGUGGGGGGGUUGUUCCCACCAGCCAGAGUGGGCAGCAGCUGGCCUCUGCUAUUCCCUCGCCCACAGCUGGAAAGUCUUGGCGCAGCAAGUCCAUGAACCUCAAGCACAGUGCAACGUCGUCUAUGCUGGCCAGCCCCACGCAGUCACCGUCCACCACCCCCUCCCCCCAGGGCCUGGAGGGCCCUCAAUCACAUGGAGGUGACGGGUCCAAAGGCGGAUCGGGAGUCGCGCCCCCACACAGAUCAAUGCUGGAGAAGUUCCGCCUGAUUCACCCUCGCUCCGCUUCCAGAGCUUCUCCAUCCAUGGCGGAAAUGGCUCUUCAGGAGGAGGACGACCUGUCAGAGUACGGCGAGGACGGACCGGCGCCGGUGGUGACGGCAUGCGGUGGCGUUAGCGGCACUGCUGGGUCCAAACAAAUGUCUGCAAAAACGUCUGCCCUUUCUGCCCCAAGCAAAAGCCUAUCUCAAUCCGCCACCUCUUCAUACCCAAAGGCCUCUGGGGGUGGCAGUAGAUCCAACACCCCCGGCAAGGAGGACAAAAGCAAGUCUGCAAAAUCCACAAAGGAGAGCAGUCCAUCAAAGGAGGAGUCCACCACAGACUCCUCCAAGAAGUCCUCCAAAAUAUCCAGCCUCAUUCCCAAAGGAGGGAAAUCCUCGUCGGGGAAGAAGGACAGCAGCAAUUCCUCAGCUUCCAGCUGCAUCCCGAAACCGGGACUGAAAGCUCCUUCCACCACAACAGCAAAGCCUCAGAGCCAGAGUCAGGCCGCCUUAACCAGCAGUGGAAACGUGCGAGGAGGGGACGCAGACAGAGCCAAGCUGGGCAAGGGAGGCCAGGGGGGCAGUUUCUACAUACAGCGCUCCACCGCGGCCCCGGAGGGCAAACGGACCUUCAUGACCUCGUCCACCAGCACCUCAGCCUUGGCUGGAUCCGGCGGGAUGCUGGUGGGAGGAGGUGGUGGGGCACUUGGAGCCGUUCAGCUUCCCCAGCAGCAGCAGCACAACCACCCCAACACGGCUACUGUGGCCCCCUUCAUGUACAGGACGUUUUCAGAGAACGACUGCACCACGGUGGCCCCCGCCGACCCCUGCCUCAGCCCCACCAAGGGGGAGCUGGUCUACAGCAAGACAGCCAAACAGUGCCUGGAGGAGAUAUCAGGAGAAGAUGCUGAGACGAGACGCAUGAGGACGGUGAAGAACAUCGCUGACCUCCGACAGAACCUGGAAGAAACCAUGUCCAAUCUGCGGGGGACGCAGAUCAGCCACAGCACUUUAGAAACAACCUUUGACACAACAGUAACCACUGAGGUCAAUGGACGGAACCUGCCGGCCCUUACCACACGCUCCUCCCCCAUGUCCUGGCGUCUCGGUCCGUCCCAAGCCCCACGUCUCCAAGCAGGCGACGCCCCAUCAAUGCCAAGCAGCUAUUCCUCGCCCAGGGCCAGCACUGGAAGCUCGAGCACCAACACCGGCCGUUAUAGCGGCCCUUCAGACCCCUCCAGGUACCUCACCGAGGGCGGCCUCCAUCUGUACUCCAGGAACACUGCCCGAGCUUCAGAUGUGGCGUCGUCCCGGGAAACGAGAGGAAACAAGGAGAUGGCGGGCGACAUAGACAGCUGGGAUGACAGCAGCUCGGUGAGCAGCGGCCUCAGCGACACGUUGGACAACAUCAGCACGGAUGACCUGAACACUCCUGCGUACUCCUCCGCCAGCUCCUCCCACAAAAACAAGAGCAGUCAGUCUCAAAAAAGCAGCAGGUCCAAACAUGCCAAGCAGGACGUGAGCAGCAGCUGGGCCGGCGCCGAAGACCUCAAAAAAGUGGAGGAGGAGCUGGACGCGAGCAUGGAUCCCAACAGCGGCCCCUCCCGCUGGAAGCCCUCCUCAUCCUCGUCUUCCUCCCAAACGCAGGGUCAGUAUGAGGACACGGGCCAAAAGGCAGCCGCGCUGGCACAGAUGUCCCAGACGGGCUCCUGGAGGAGGGGCAUGACGGCCCAGGUGGGCAUCACGCCCCCCAGGACCAAGGGGACUCCCGCUGGCCUGAAAACACCCGGCAAGACAGAUGAUGCUAAGGCCUCUGAAAAGGGCAAAGCACCUUCCAAGAGUCCUGCUGCCAUCCAGCGCUCCCCCUCUGACGCUGGCAGGAGUAGCGGGGAUGAAGGCAAGAAACCCCCGUCUGGCAUCGCACGCCCGCCCACCACCAGCUCAUUUGGGUACAAGAAGCUCUCCGGACCCCCUGGCACAUUAAUCACUCCCAGUGGAGCCACUCUCGCCAGUGGCUCAGCGACUCUGGGUAAAGCGCCCAAAUCCUCCUCGGCCCUCUGUAAAGGCACCAGCAUCGGCGGGGUGAGGAAGACCAGCCUGGACGGCUCGCAGCCUCAGGACGACGGCAUCCUGCUCAGCUGCAGCGGCUCCAAAGUCACACUACAGUACCGCUCUCUGCCCAGGCCGGCCAAGUCCUCCAGCGGGGGGGCCGCGGGGCGCAGCGGCCACCGCUCCAGCUCCAGCAGCAUCGACUCCAACGUCAGCGGCAAGUCGGCGGCGCAGGCGGGCGCCAAGCGCCGGGACGGAAAGGUCAACUCGGACCGCUCCAGUCCCGUCACCGUCAAUCAGACCGACAAAGAAAAAGUGGGCGGGUCGGAGCCAGACCCAGCCGGACUCUCCACCUCUCCCAAGUCCAGCCCCACCUCCAGCUCCGCCUGCCAGUCCGGCCUCAGGCAGCCGGGAAGCAAAUAUCCUGAUAUCGCUUCUCCCACCUUCCGCAGAUUGUUUGGCACCAAAGCCAGCAGCAAGCCCAGCUCUCCGGGCACCCCCGACUCUGGCAAGUGCCCGUCUAUUCUGGGCAGCCCCCACGGCACGCUGGCGAGGCAGGCCAGCCUGGACUCCCCCUCCUCUGGGACAGGAAGCCUGGGUAGCGCCGGCGGCCUGAGCGGGGGCAGCAGCCCGCUGUACGGCAAAACCCCAGACAUGUGCACCGACUCCUUGGCUUCCAGCCCGGCCUCGGGCCUCUCCCUGCCCUCCAACGCUCGGCCCUGGCCUGCCUGUAGCUCGUCAGCGGGCAGCAAGGACACACUGAGCUGCCAAAGCAUGACCAGUCUGCACACCAGCUCUGAGUCCAUUGAUAUGCCGCUGGGCCACCAUGGGCCCAAGGUUACCCGAACCGGCAGUGUCAAGUCCACCCUGUCUGAGGGCAUGCCUCUCGACAGAAACACGCUUCCCAAAAAGGGACUGAGGUACCCGCCGUCCUCCCGGCAGACGUCCCACGAGGAAAGUAAGGAGUGGCUGAGAUCACAUUCCACCGGAGGCCUGCAGGACACCGGCAGCCAGUCCCCGCUCUCUCCUCCUGGAGCGUCCUGCACCCCUGCUGGAAAAUACCACUACUCCAACCUAUUGAGCCCGACCAACAUGAGCCAGUACAACCUGCCGCCGGCGGGGAGCGGCAGUAUGAGCCGCUCCAGCAGCAUCCCCGCUCAGGACUCCUUCGACCUUUAUGGCGACGCUCACCCUUUGGGGGGCAGCGCCACUUCUCUGGAGGAGCGGCCUCGCGCCAUCAGCCGCUCGGGCUCAUUCAGGGACAGCACGGACGAAGUGCACGGCUCCUCUCUGUCUCUGGUCUCCAGCACGUCGUCUCUAUACUCCGCGACAGAGGAGAAAGCGCACUCGGAGGGCCAAACAGUCCAAAAUUCCACGCAAAUCAGGAAGCUGCGGCGGGAGCUGGACGCCUCUCAGGAGAAGGUGGCGACUCUGACCUCCCAGCUGGCUGCCAAUUCUCACCUGGUGGCAGCCUUUGAGAAGAGCCUGAGUAACAUGACCUGCCGCCUGCAGAGCCUCACCAUGACUGCCGAACAAAAGGAGUCUGAGCUGGCCGAGUUGAGGGAAACCAUCGAGAUGCUGAAGACUCAGAACACCGAUGCGCAAACCGCCAUCCAGGUGGCGCUCAACGGUCCGGACCACCUUCACAGAGACUUGCGCAUUCGGCGGCAGCACUCUUCAGAGAGCAUGUCCAGCAUUAAUAGCGCAGCCAGUCACUCCAGCAUGGGAAGUUUGGGCAAGGAGGCUGAGGAUAAAAAGAAGAAGAAGAAGAGUUGGGUGGCUGAUUCCAUCCCGGCUCAGCUGCGCAGCUCCUUCAAGCAGGCGUUCAGCAAGAAGAAAACCAAGUCCCAGUCGGCCCACGACGAGAUGGAGGAGAUGACAGACUCUCUGCCGUCCUCGCCCAAACUUCAGCACGACAACCGACAAGCCAGCACUGCCACGCUGCGCUCCUCCCCGUCCACCACAGACAAGUGCAUUUGCAAUAGCAAGUCUUCCCCCAUUUGGACACCAAAGAAAAAGCAAAACGGUCAUGUGGUCUACAAACACAGAUCUCGGCUGUGCGAAUGCACCGAGGCAGAGGCGGAGAUCAUCCUGCAGCUGAAGAACGAGCUGAGGGAAAAAGAGCUCAAACUCACCGACAUCCGGCUGGAGGCGCUCAGCUCUGCUCAUCACCUGGACCAGAUCAGGGAGGCCAUGAACCGCAUGCAGAACGAGAUCGAGAUCUUGAAAGCGGAGAACGAUCGUCUCAAAUCCAGCGGAAACGCCACGCCAACAGCCACCCCCGUCAAGACGGCCCGCCCGCCGUCUGAGACCUCCAGCACGUCCUCAUCGUCCUCGCGGCAGUCCCUGGGGCUUUCCCUCAACAACCUCAACAUCACCGACACCAUCAUGUCAGAAAUCCUCCUGGAUGACGGCUUUGAAGGGAAUCUCCGGAAAGAAGGUCGGAGUGUGAGAAUCGUAGUUAGCAUCCACACCGGACCAAACAAGACCAAGGCUACAAGAAGUCACGAUUACCUGAUCGGCUCCAUCGGCGUGAGUGGGAAAACCAAGUGGGACGUCAUGGAUGGCGUCAUUCGCCGCCUUUUCAAAGAGUACGUUUUCCGGGUGGAUCCCGUCACCAGCCUGGGCCUCAGCUCCGACAGCAUCGUCUCCUACAGAAUGGGGGAAGUGGUCCGAUCCCACGGCUCUGAAGUGCCUGAGCUGCUGCCCUGUGGGUACCUGGUGGGCGACAGCAACCUCAUCAAGGUCAACCUGAAGGGCCUGAAGGAGAACAGCAUCGACAGCCUGGUGUUUGACACGCUCAUCCCCAAACCCAUAGUCCAGCGGUACCUCAACCUGUUGAUGGAGCACCGUAGGAUCAUCCUCUCAGGACCCAGCGGCACCGGGAAAUCCUUCCUGGCUGCUAAGCUGGCCGACUACAUCAUGUCCCAGAUGGGGCAGGAGGUGACAGAGCACAACGUGGCCAGCUUCAACGUGGACCAGAACUCCAGCAAGGAGCUGCGACAGUACAUGUCCAGCCUGGCAGAGCAGUGCAACUCUGAGGACACGGCCGUGCAGCUCCCCACCGUGGUCAUCCUGGACAACCUGCAUCACAUCGGCUCUCUCAGCGACAUAUUUAACGGCUUCCUCAACUGCAAGUACCACAAAUGCCCAUACGUUAUUGGGACCAUGAGCCAAGGAGUCUCCUCCUCUCCAAACCUGGAGCUGCACCACAACUUCAGGUGGGUGCUGUGCACCAACCACACCGAGCCAGUCAAGGGCUUCUUGGGCCGCUUCCUGCGCCGCAAGCUGAUAGAAACAGAGAUCGACAAGAACAUGCGCAGCAAUGACCUGAUCAAGAUCGUGGACUGGAUCCCCAAAACCUGGCAGCACCUCAACAGCUUCCUGGAGGCCCACAGCUCCUCAGAUGUCACGAUCGGCCCCCGCCUCUUCCUCCCGUGUCCAAUGGAUGUGGAGGGUUCUCGGGUUUGGUUCACAGACCUGUGGAACUACUCCCUGGUUCCCUACCUGCUGGAGGCUGUCAGAGAGGGACUGCAGCUGUACGGUAAAAGAGCCGUAUGGGAGGAUCCCUCCAAGUGGGUGAACGACACCUACCCGUGGAGCGCCGCCUCGCUGCAGCAGGACGGCCAGUCGCUGCUCCAGCUGAGGCCCGAGGACGUGGGCUACGACGGCUACAGCUCAUCCAAGGAGGGGGCGUCGGCCAAGCAGGUGUCUCAGAGUGACACUGAGGGAGACCCGCUGAUGAACAUGCUGCUGCGGCUGCAGGAAGCGGCCAACUACUCCAGCACGCAGAGCUGCGACAGCGACAGCACCAGUCACCAUGACGACCAGCUGGACUCCUCCCUGGAGUCGGCUCUCUGAGCUGGAAUCAGCCCUCAUCAGGACCCCUGCCCCCCCUCAGCUGUGCCAUGUAUGAAAAGUUUCUGUGUGACUGACAUCAACGGCUUUUGGCCUUUUUAUUGGGCGAUUACAAAAAGGAAGCUUUUCAUACAUGUUGGAGUGGGAGGGGCCUCAUGUUUACUUUGUGUGCUCCAAAGUGUCACAAAAACCGAAACACAAAACUGGAUUUUUUUAUGUUUUUACCCCGUUCUUUUUGCUGAUGUUUACACUGGGAGGGGCUUUGGAUCGUUUCUGUCUUUCCUUGUUUACAGAGCAAACGUGCGCUCCACACAGGCAGCGGAAGGGGAAUCCGUCCAACCUGGCACAUUUCUGGAGACCAUCCCGCUCUGGUUUUUACACGAAAAAAGAGCAGGAAUGUUUUUUUGGUUUUUUUCCAUGUGGUGCAGCGCCCUCUUGUGGCCAUGUCUGGUGCUUUGGUUUGAGUUGAUUGGAUGGAUAAAUGAAUGUGGUCAAAUCAGGAUCAGCUUAAAGUGAACGAAAGAACAGAUUGAAAACUUGAAAACAAGACAUUGUAAAUUUGAAAAAAAAAGAAAAAAUGAAAAUUUGAAAA